AUGACAGCAACAAACAACAACAGCAACUAUAUCGUUUCUGAUGAAAAAGUUAUUGAUUCAUUAGUUGAGGAAUUAGCUGAGGAAUUAGUUAUGGCAGAAACUAAAACCCUCAACGAAAGAAUUGGUGAAAACAAGAUUGAUUUACAUAACUACCUCAAAUACGAUGGAGGAAGAGGAAGGAAAACUGGUAUGGCUUUAUUAGUAAAUAAAAUUUCGAAUUUAACGAUUAUAGAUGUUGAUAUCAAUAAAUCGUACAAUGAUGAACUUAAAGAAACAGUUAGAAAAGACAUUCUAUCAAAACUUUCGGAUAAAGAUGUUAUCGUUAAACUUCUUCGGAAAUGUUAA